AUGGCCGAGCUUGGCCACACCUGGCCACACCGACAAGGUGCGGCCAGGUGUUGGCAGGGUAGUGACGACCUAGAACUCAGUGAAGACGGAGAAAAGGCAGAGCACCUUUCACAGUUCUUUAAGUCCAUCUUUACGAAGGAAAGCGCAUUUCUCCCUCCCGACUGCGACAUAGUGGACGGGCCAACGAUUGAGCACGCCUCUUUCGCCGAAGCUAUUGUUCGCAAAGAACUGUUGAAGUUGAAUGAGUCUAAAUCACCUGGGCCGGAUGACAUACCGCCAAAAUUGUUGAAGGAACUUGCUGGAGAACUAUCAAAACCGCUGUCCAUGCUCUUCCAAGCUUCGUUCGAAGCAGGCUAUUUGCCCUCCGAUUGGAAAUCAGCGCGGAUCACGCCAAUUUAUAAAGGCGGCAGCAAGGUCUUAGCAAACAACUACAGACCAAUCAGCCUUACUUCAAUUUGCUGCAAAAUUAUGGAGAAAAUAAUAAAGCGAGAAAUAAUGCACUUCCUAGAAGAGCAUAAUCUGCUAUGCGAUGCCCAGCACGGAUUUCGUAGAGGCAGAUCAUGCGUGACGAAUCUACUAUAUUGUUUAGAUCGCUGGACCCGGGCAGUCGAUGGCGGCAAUGCAGUGCACGCAGUCUACGUCGACUUUAAGAAGGCAUUCGACAGUGUACCACAUCAGCGUCUCCUGUACAAAUUAAGCCGGAUAGGCAUAAGCGGUAAUCUCCUGAGGUGGAUACAAAGUUUCUUGAUCGGUCGCUCUCAAAUCGUCCACGUCGGCGACAGGCAGGCGGCGGAGAUAGCGGUUGAAAGCGGUGUUCCGCAAGGCUCCGUUCUUGGCCCUACCUUAUUCAUUAUAUACGUCAACGACUGCGCCAGUAAACUGAAUUGUGAUGUCGCCAUGUUCGCUGAUGAUGUUAAACUUUGGAGCGUCAUCCGAACUGAAUUGGACGAAGAGCGCUUGCAGGCAGACCUGACCCGACUCGAGAAAUGGUCACAGUACUGGCUUCUGCCGUUUAAUGUGACUAAGUGCAAUGUUUUGCGAGUCGGCAGGACCCGAUCUCAAAGCCGGAGGGUUUACUACCUAAAUGGCGAACCACUGCAGGAGGUAGACGCCCAGAAGGACUUGGGUGUGUGGGUAACGGCUUCUCUAAAACCGUCGCUCCACUGCUCCAAGGUAGCCAAGUCUGCGAUGUCAGUCCUUUAUCUUGUUAAGAGAGCUUUCUCUACCUUCGAUGAGGACUGCUUCGUUAAGGUCUUUCGGACUUUCGUACGACCACAGCUAGAGUUCGCUAUUCAGGCGUGGAAACCGUGGACCUCUAAAGAUCUCAGCAUCCUUGAGAAAGUUCAGAGGCGGGCAACCAAACUCGUAAGUGGACAGGGUUCACUACCCUAUGAAACCCGAUUGUCCAAUCUCGGCCUCUUUCCACUGAGUUACAGACAGCUAAGAGGCGAACUUAUACAAACAUUCCGUAUACUGCGCGGCCAGGACUGCUGUCUCGUACCUACUGAUUUCUUUGAGUUAGCGACCACAACGAACCUCCGAGGUCAUCCACUUAAACUACGCGUAACUGGCGCCAAGCUGGACACUCGGAAGUUCUUCUUUUCAAACAGAGUGAUCGAGGCCUGGAAUGCUCUGCCUGCAGGUGUCGUCAUGUCCACCUCCGUCGAGGCUUUUAAGCGCAACUUGGACCAGAUUGCCACCAAUCGUCAUAAUGCCACCUGA